AUGGAACUGUGCAAAAAAGCCAAACUAUAUAUAAAACUCAAUGAUGUUCUUGUUGAGGACCGAUUCUUGUCAGUUAUAAACAAAACCACAGUUCAGCUUCAACUUCAAGAUUUUAAUGCUCCCUUUUCCAUCGUUGUAUGUUAUGCUAGUUGUCCCCAGCAGACUCAUGAUGAAGUGGUAUGUGGAACAGAAUUUUGCAUGGGCCAUUUACCUGACAGGCCUGUCAAUUUAACCUGCUUCAAAUAUGAGCAUUCGAAUAAUAUGAGGUGCACUUGGGACCCAGGCAAAGACACGCAUUUAAACACUAGGUACAACCUGUAUUUGAAGAGUUUACAGACUGAAGAGAACAAUACCUUUCCUUCAAACAGCCAUUUUUGUGUCAUCCCUCUGACCAGCCUGCAGAAAAACCAAACAUUUUCUAUUCAGGUCUAUGCUGAAAAUUACCUAGGAGCAGUUUAUUCGGAUCCUUUACAAGUUAACCUCACGGAAAUAGAGAUACCAGUGACACCAACAAUAACCCAGGUUGAAACUGUGGACUAUCCAGUAUUUAAGACUAUAAUCAAGUGGGAGAAGCGAACUGCACUCAGUAACACCCAUUGUGAAGAUCGUCACAAGGAGAUGACAAGUGAAACUUGGCAUGUUAGAGAAUUGGUUGCUGAAAGGGAUCAUUACACUGAGUACUAUUUAGAUGCAAACACUAAGUAUGAGUUCCAAGUUAGAUGCAAGUUAAUUCAAGUUGGAAAAUUUUGGAGUACAUGGAGUGAGCCUGUAACAUAUAUGACUCCAGAAGCUGAACCAUCUUCAGUACUUGAUGUGUGGAGAUAUUUGGGACCAAACUACCCAAAUGGUAGCCAAGAGGUAACCAUCUUGAUCAAGCCAUUUCAUCCAAAAGAGAGCAGAGGGCAAAUUCUGGGCUACAAAGUGUUCUGUGAAAACCAAGGGAAAAAUAUGAGUUUAUGUAAUACAACAGAGACAAAAUGCAAAAUUUUGGUGCCUGCAACAGUGACUUAUGUCUAUGUGACAGCACAGAAUUCAAAAGGAAGUUCCAAACCUGCAAAUAUUACGGUGAACCAACAGUCCUUUAAUUACCAUGAUUUUCCACCCCCUACCCAUAUGCAAAUAAAGGAUGAACUGAAGGGAAUUUCUGUUAUGUGGGAACUUCCCAUAUACAUUGAAAAACCAGUGUUGUGGUACAUAGUAGAGUGGACUUAUGCAGGUUGGCAGAGUCAUGACCAACAUGACAUUUUGUGGAAAAAAGUCCCCAGCCAGAACACAACAACGUAUAUACCAGAAGACAUCAACAUGAAAAGCUACUUUAACAUUUUGGUGUAUGCUGUGUACCAUGAUGGAAUCAGCGAGGCAUAUUCUAUACAAAGCCAUUCAGAUGGGCUAUUGAAACAGUUUCCAGAUGGACAUGCUAUUAACAUUCUAGAAAGCACCUCUCCAGUUUCCUAUGAUGAUGAUGAUGUUGGCGUUCUAUUGGGGAUUGGCAUUGGAGUGGCCUUCUUAUCUUUCUUUCUUUUGGCUUUGAUCUCGAAGAAGUCAUUCAGGAAAAGGAUUAGCACCGUGCUCGUUUCAGUGACACCCAAGUGGCUACUUGAAGAUUAUCCUCAAGUGCAGAAGAGCAGUGUGAUCAGAAUGCUCCAGGAAAGAAAUAGUUCCAUGAUGCACAAUUUCAACUGGCUGUUGUUGGAUUAUGAAGAUGCUGUAGUAACUGAAGUAGAGGAGACAUGGGUAGACAAGGAGUGUAAACCUCUGGAUGAUAAAAGGGAAACCAAAGAAUCAGCUUCUGAUAUCAGUCUACCAGAGACACCACUUGUCAACAAUUCUGAUAUGACAGAGGAAAAUGGCUACAAACCUCAGGUCUGCAACAAGGCAUCCCUAUUCAGCAGUAGUUGUGGAACAUAUUCCCAAAAUCUGGAUACAAAAUCAAAUCUCCCAGCUUCACCCAUGAAUGUUUUAAUAAAAAAUUAUAUGAGCCCUAUUACCGCCAUACGGCCUACUGAGGGCGUGGAUGAAAAUGCACUUUUACUUGAAAAAGUCAAUCUUAUUCUGAGCAACAGUACAAGUGGGCAGAGCAACAUAUUCACCUUUACAGAAGAAUCAAAUAGUGCAAUGGAAAAUCAAUGGAAGCUCCCAUUAUCAGAAAACAAUAUUCAAGAACAGACCUUGAUACCAGAUGAAUUGCUGUCAUGUUUAAGAACUGUGAAUGAAAACUCUACAGAUUUAAUGUCUUAUUUUCCACAAAGUAUUGUAAAGUGAUUUUGGAACAAAAAAUAUAUAUUAGUGAUCGUGCAAACAGAACAGGCAAAAUUUUUCUGCAUAUUCAACAAAAAUAAUUCAAAUUAUACUUCAACACUCAUCGUCUUGAAUGAGGUCAAAAGGUGCAGCUGGAGACACUUGCAGUAUUAUCUUUCCAUUCAAAUUCAUUCUGGUGUUAUAAGAAGCUCUUAA